UGAGCGUGGAGGAAGGAGAAGACUCAUCACGACUCACGACUGCAGCUGCGCUCUGAUGACUCUUCAUUCAGAUUCAGGAUUUGGGGCAGCAGCUUCUUUUUCUCCCUGCCUUUACGUCUCGACAACAUCGUCGCAUUCCUAUCAGACUUCAACGUACCAUCACAAAGCAAAAGUCCAACUCAUCACCCACCCUUCAAGCUUGAGAAGCUCCUUUCAACAUGUCGAUCAACAAGAUCCUCGCUCGUCAAAUUUUCGACUCUCGUGGUAACCCAACCGUCGAAGUCGACUUGUGGACCGCAAAGGGCCACUACCGCGCUGCUGUCCCCUCUGGCGCUUCCACCGGUAUCCACGAGGCCCACGAGGCCCGGGAUGGCGGCAAGGACUACAUGGGCAAGGGUGUGCUCAAGGCUGUGGAGGCCGUGAACGGAGAGAUUGCCAAGGCGCUCAUCGACGCCAAGGUCUCCGUCACUGACCAAAAGGCCAUCGACGACUUGCUCAUCAAGCUCGACGGUACUCCUAACAAGGCUCGUCUCGGUGCCAACGCCAUCCUCGGUGUCUCCAUUGCUGCCGCGAAGGCCGGUGCAGGCGAGAAGGGUAUCCCCUUCUACGAGCACCUCGCUGGUCUGUCCAACGUCGGCAAGCCUUACAUUCUUCCUGCUCCCGCCAUGAACGUCAUCAACGGCGGCUCGCACGCUGGCAACAACCUCGCUUUCCAAGAGUUCAUGAUUGUUCCCACCGGCGCGCAAACUUUCACGGAGGCCAUGAAGGUAGGCUCUGAGGUGUACCACAACUUGAAGUCUGUGAUCAAGGCCAAGUACGGCCUUGACGCUACUCUUAUCGGUGACGAAGGAGGCUACGCUCCACCGGUCAAGUCCGCCGACGAGGCCCUCGAAUUGCUCGUCGAGGCCAUCAAAAAGGCCGGCUACGAGGGCAAGGUUCACAUCUCCCUCGAUGUUGCUUCUUCUGAAUUCUUCAAGGACGGCAAGUACGACCUCAACUUCAAGGACGAGAAGAACCCUAAGCUUGUGACUGGCCGCGAGCUGGCAGAUAUCUACAUUGGCUACAUCAAGAAGUACCCCAUCGCCUCCAUCGAGGACCCCUUCGACCAAGACGACUGGGAGUCUUGGAGCUACUUCCGCGCCAACUCGGGCAUCACCGUCAUUGGCGACGAUCUCACAGUCACCAACCCGCUCCGUAUCAAGACCGCCAUCGAAAAGAAGUCUUGCAAUGGUCUCUUGCUGAAGGUGAACCAAAUCGGCACCAUCUCCGAGUCCAUCCAAGCCGCACAGCUGUCUCAGUCCGACAACUGGGCCGUCAUGGUCUCCCACCGUUCCGGAGAGACCGAGGACACCACCAUCGCCUCUCUCUCUGUCGGCCUCGGCGUCGGCAUCAUCAAGGCUGGUGCACCUUGCCGCAGCGAGCGUGUUGCCAAGUUUAACGAGCUGCUGCGCAUCGAGUCGCUCGAGCCUGAGGCUGUGUACGCCGGCAUCAACGGCUUCACUCAGGGUGACAAGGCACCUCAGGUCAUUGCCAACAAGAAGUGAGCUAGCUCCACCUUGU